AUGGCUGAAAAUGAAGAAAGAAUCAUUCUUCUUGGAAGAGUUGAAGACAAUGAAAAAGUAAAGAAAAAAAUGGAACAACAAGCAAGGAAAAAUUCGGCCACAUCGAGGAAUGCGUCAAAGGAUGGAUCUCUGCUGGCCACUCCAGAAAUGAAUGAUGAAAUGAUUGACGAGGAAACCCUUCCAUCAACAUCAACCCCACUCAUUCAAUGUCUGAAACACACGAGAAGGGAAGAAAGCCAGCCAAUAGAUGAAAUGCAUGAAAGAGAGGAAGAGAAUUGCGGAGAAAAAGAAAAUGAUCAACAUCGAAAAAACUCAUGGAAAGUGAGUGUGAUGAUCACGAUCACGUUUCUCUUUUUCUUCGUCGAGCUAUUCGUGGGAAUUCUGAAUAAAAGUAUCGCUUUGUUGGCUGAUUCAUAUCAUAUGUUAGCUGAUGUAAUGGCAUUGAUUGUGGCACUCGUUUGUUUACGGAUAUCACGACGAAAAAGCAAGAAGAAUGGUUUUGGAUGGGUGAGAGCUGAGGUAUUGGGCGCUCUUGCAAACGGUGUCUUUCUACUAUCGAUGUGUUUCACGAUUUCCCUAGAGGCUUUUGGCAGAAUACUUAACCCUUUGCCGAUGAGUCAACCAUUGACGGUGCUGGUCGUCGGAGUGAUCGGUUUGUUGAUCAAUGCGGUAGGGAUCGGAAUGUUCCAUGGAGGUCACGGGCAUUCACACGCUGGUGGCGGACAUGGGCAUUCACAUGGAGGAAAUGGACAUUCACAUGAAAAUGGAAAAGAAGAAGAACAUAAUAUGAGCAAUGGGAAAAAGACCGAAUCACCGAGAAAAGUGAAUGGACCUUCAUUGGAAGAUUCCGAUCUUCCGCCGCCGAGGGUGAGAAGUGAGAGAGCCAUCUCACAAAUAUCACAAUUGAGCACCGGCGUUUCGCAUAAUCAUUUGGCGCUUCGUUUGGUGGGAAUGCCUGAAGAACCGGAAGAUGAUGAAGAUGAUGGAGAAGUUGAGGUGAAAAAGGAAAGGAAAGAGCAAAAAGCGGUCGAGAAUUUGAAUAUGCGAGGCGUUCUUUUGCAUAUAAUGGCUGAUGCACUUGGCUCGAUUUUUGUGAUUAUCACCGCUGCCUGCUCGUAUUUCUUCAAAGAACAACUUGGCGUCGUCAGCCAGUAUUUGGAUCCGGUUUUGAGCUUAGCCCUCGUCGGUAUAAUUUGCUUUUCGGCGUACAAUUUGGUCGCUCAAACAGCUGAUAUCAUCAUGCGACGACCGCCACAAUUUCUUGAGAUCGAUGAGCUUAAAAAUGAUAUAACAAAGAUCAGCGGGGUCUCGGCUUGUAUAUCGCUCGAUAUUUGGACUCUCGUCGGGAAUCGGCACAUUGCGACAGCUGAGAUCGAGUUUUGCUCGGUUUUAGCAUUUGAUCAGGCGGCAUCGAAAAUUCGGAGACUCUUCCAUCGAAAUGGAGUCCAUUCGUUGACGAUUCAACCAUCUUUUUCGGAAACAUGUAUUCUCGAAAUGCCUCAAGAAGAGAAUCCAACACCUGAGCCGACAAAAAUUGAUGUAAUCAAACGGGGAAAACAAGAAGAAACGGCGAGUGGUCGAGUGAUUUUUGAUACGGGAGCGCCGGUUGAA